AUGUGGAGGGAGGUAGCAGCAGUAGUAGUAGGGAGUGAGUUAGGGAGGGAAAUUUGUGUGGGUGUGACAAGGUCCAACAUGGUGGGAGUCGGGCACGGCAGGCAGGCAGGCAAUCAGCAUGCACGUACUCACCCACGCCCUCCAUUCUUCAUCUCCAUCUUCGCCUUCUUCGCGUUGGCAUUUGCUUCACACGCAAGCUUCCAAGUGGGUCAGGGCUUCUUCGUCGUUGCUUGCCAGCCACGACAACAUGGUACUCGCUUGCAAGCUGGAUUCCAGCUCACGAGUUUCCAUUCGCUUCUUGUUGAAGUCUAUGUUGGCAAGUUUUGUAUCGUGAGAUCUUCUCUAGAUCUCAGCAAAGGGUAUUGCACUUGCAUCCUGUCGACGGGAAAUUUAAGAGCUCGCUUGAGAAGUAUUGGAGACUACUUCAGUUGGAGGUUCUACGGGGAUCAGCAAAAGUUGCGAGCAAGGUGUUGGAGCGGGUGUUGUUCUAACAGUUGGGAGCGUCUCAAGCAGGGCAGUGGCACGUUUGAUUCAUCAAUGGCACCUACUAUGUUGUUUACGCAAUCGGAUCAAGGGUCUGUUGAGUCAAUGCGAUUGAAAGGAACUCUCAUUUCUCUUCGCCCCUCGCGCGCAGCCAGCAAGAGAUUGACGGUUGGUGGAACUUCUCACACGAGCCAUCAGAAUGCAUCGCGUACGAAGAGCAGUCUGACAUUGGAUUUGAGCUUCUUGAGCGGGGGAGAAGACGCGUUCAAUUCAGAGGAAUCGGGUUGUGAGACACCCAAAUCCGAGGAGCAUAGAAUUCCCGACGUGGACAUUGAUUUUUGCCCUCCAGCUCCGAAGAAACCACGCAGUAUGCGUCGAUCAGCACUGAUAUGCGCAAUCGAAUGCGAGAGCUCGGAUGUUGUCUCGAAGGCCAACUUGGGCUUGCAAGUGUCCUCAUGCUACCUGUAUUGAUCAUUUCUUCUUAGGAAGACCACUCGGUCAUUAUAUAUUUAUUGAAAUUAGGUUAGAGGGUUAGUAGUAGCUCAUUUGGAGAAGAAUGCGAUAUAGGAACCCAUCAGGAUGUCCUCGUAGAAGGGGGGCAGCGAUGCACUCUUACAAGUCAAUCUGAGACAAAUGCACUAGCUCCUCUACACUCUGAUAGCAUAGAACCGCUCGUUCUGUGGAAUCGCCGCAGUUACGAAGUGAUGGCGAGGAACUCAGAUGCUUACGUCUGCGGAGGUAGUGCCCGUGCAGUAAAGCAGAUUUAUUAUCAGUCUUGGUUCGAUGGCCCCAAGUGAUGUCGGUGAUGCAACCGAGACAUGUGGAACAUCUUCAAUGAUCAAGAGUACCCGAAGGAAUAGAUGGACUUCAUCACAUGAAUACUCCACGAACUACUCAUGCGCCACGCAAGGUCUUGAGUUGCAGCUGGAUUUGUCAAAAAUUAAUGCACACUCGUUUUACAAGUAGAAGCGAGAGUUCAUGCGGAUCGUGUAUAUUCACAUGGCAUUUGUUACGUCUAGCUUCGUUUCUUUUAGUGAGAAAAUCUCUUUUCUGUCAUACAUGGUUUGUGCUAUGAUUUUGCGAGUUGUAACCGAGUAGCCCCUCAUUUGUUUAAGAUAUAUAUAUAUAUAUAUAUAUAUAUAUAAAUAAAUAUAUUUUCACAGUUGCAA